GGUGUACUCUACGUAUUUCUAGCCCUCAAUCAUGAGAGUGAUGUGAGAUAGAGUGUGUUUGUAUGUGCAGUGUACAUUGGAAGUCUCAGUGGUUCACUGUUUCUCUGACUUUGAUGCAUGCAAGAGGGUCCUGAGAUUGUUAAUAAAUGAAGAUGAAAAAUAUUGAAGAUAGCGAUGUGCUGAGCAAAAAUUUUGGCUUUUCGCUCUUUCGCCGAAUCCCGAUUUUGCUAAGCCCCUGCUUUUGAGUUUUCUUGAAUUUCAAGUGUCGGGGGAUUCCGAAGAAGAAAACCAGUGACAAAAUGAUGGUCUCUUCCUUUGAAGAAGAAUCAGGCUUCAGAUAAUGCUGAGGAGGAGAAAACAGACUUAUUUGAAUGUUUUGUAGUCUCAUGGCUGAUUCUUCUUCGGAUUCCUCUUUCAACUGUGAUAUACUAAGCCUUAGACACAUAAGCAACUCAUUCUUCCAGUUUUCUGGUUCUAAGGUGGGGUUUUGUGCUAAAGGGUUAUCAGAUUCUGAUUCAGCAUGGAGCCCCACUUCGCCCCUCGAUUUCAGAUUUUUUUCAAAUCUUAGUAACCCAUUUAGUGCCAAGUCUUCAAGACCAUCUUCCCAAAGUGGACAAAAAAAGCACUUUGAAUGCUGUAAGAUGGGCCUUGGUAUCAUAAACACACUUGAUGAAGAAACCAAGCUAGACGGUGAAAUCCAGGGAAUAUCUCGGAGGAAGAAUAUAGUUUUUGGACCACAGGUGAAGACUGGCAUUCAUAAAACAUCAAAGACUUGCUAUGAAUACUUUCCAUUUCGUGUGAGAUCUAAUUCUUUGCCAAAGAACUAUGUUAUUUCUGAAAUGAAAAAUUCCAAAUUUGAACCUGUGAGCUUCAACCAUGCCUCCAGAAAUAGAGAGUUCCCUAAGGAAUCUGAAGCUUUCAAGAAUGUUAUGAUGUCCUUGCCAGUUGCCACUAAGCCCUCCUCAUCAUCAAUAGAUCCAAGUCAAAUUUUCAAUUUGAGCACUGAUGAAUUUUGUAUAGAAAAUUCAUCUUCAGGAACGAGUUUGGCUCCCGUAACUGGUCCAAGCUCACAGUUAGAUUGUCUUUCAAAUGUCAAACCAAGUUCACUUCCUAUAUCCAUUGAUUUUAGUAAUGGAUAUUUAGGCUCGCUCUCGGCAAGAGAGAUAGAGCUUUCUGAGGAUUAUACCUGUAUUAUUUCUCAUGGUCCAAACCCUAAGCGAACACAUAUUUUUGGUGACUGUAUUUUGGAAUGUCACAAAACUGACUUAACCCAGUUGGGCCAGAAGGAAGAAGAACCUGUGAUGAGAUUCUAUAAGGUACCUUCAUUAUCAGAAGAAUCAGCAAAUCCUUAUCCCUCUGACAAUGUCUUGAGCUUUUGUUACUCAUGCAAAAAGAAAUUGGAAGAAGGGAAAGAUGUUUACAUCUACAGGGGUGAGAAAGCAUUUUGCAGUUUUGAUUGUCGCUCUGAGGAGAUUUUAGCUGAGGAGAAAAGUGAAAAUAACUCGGCGGAGAGCUCUCCUGAUUCGAGCUUCCAUGGUGUCUUCCUCAUGAAUCUGCCCGUGGCCAAAUAAGAGUCCUCCUCUGUUUACUCCCCAUGGUGAUAAUGAAGUUUUUAAAAAUAGCUAAAAAAAAUGUGGGUAAUCUGUUCUGUUCACAAAUAAGCUAAAAAAAACAUGGUUGUGAAGUACCAGUUUUCAUGGUGGGAUGAGUCAUUAGGUAGAAAAACGAGUUCUAUCUGUUGUGAAUUUGUGAUGACUCUUGAAAAUGUUAUUGCUUUUUGAAUAGCAGUGUGCUUAUGCGCUUGUUUGCUUA